AUGAUACUUUUGGAGUCUGAAAUAAAAGAUUCACACUAUCAUGAUGACAACCUGGUCUCCAGCGUGAAAAAUCUGUUUGGAGCUGGGACUGAUACUACAGGAAAUACACUUCAGUGGGGUCUACUUUUCAUGUCCAAGUACCCUCAUUUUCAAGAACAGGUCCAAGAGGAGCUGAGCAGGGUGGUUGGAAGCCGUCAGGUCUGAGUAGAUGACCGUAAGAACCUGCCGUACACUGAUGCUGUCAUCCACGAGACACAGAGACUGGCCAACAUUGUCCCCUUGGCCCUUCCUCACAAAACCAGCCAAGACGUCACAUUCCAGGGUUACUUUAUCAAAAAGGGGACUACUGUGUUUCCUCUUCUUACUUCUGUCCUGCAUGAUGAGAGUGAAUGGGAAACCCCAUACACCUUCAAUCCUUCCCACUUCCUGGAUAAGGAGGGUAAACUUAUGAGGAGAGAAGCCUUCAUCCCUUUUUCUGCAGGUCGCAGGGUGUGUCCCGGAGAGAGUCUGGCCAGAAUGGAGCUUUUCCUCUUCUUCACCUCCCUCCUCCAGCGCUUUCGUUUCACUCCUCCACCUGGAGUUACAGAGGAUGAACUGGAUCUGACAGCAGUUGUGGGCUUCACCCUUAGUCCUUCACCUCAUGAGCUGUGUGGUGUUAGUCGCCAAUGAGGAAGAGAGCUAGAGCACAGCAUUAUAACUGAAUGUAUAAUUGAAUUCAGAGGAUUUAGAUCUAGAGGAUUUAUCAGGAGACAGUUUAUUUCAGUCACAUAAGAAAGCAAAUGAUCUGAAAUGGGAUUGAGGAAAAAUGUAUGUUUUCAUAAUCAACUGAAGUG